GCGGUCGCGUCGCUCGUAGUCGUCGCCGCGCGAGGGAGGGAUCGGGCCGGAGCGGAGCUCGUCUUCAUCCUCAUCAUCAUCAACGCUCAGCCGGUGAUCGAGUGAUCAGCGCGCGCACACAGAGGAAGGACCCGAAGGAUUUCCCCCUCGCGCUGAAGGAAGAACGCACGCGCUCGCGCUCCGACACGCGGCCAUGGGCUCCCAGCUGUCCAAGGGCGGAGUCGCCGAUGCGGCUGCGGCCAAAACCAACGGCCAGGAGAACGGCCACGUGAAGACUAACGGGGACGUCUCGGCCAAAGCGGACGGGGACGCCGCGAACGGAAACGGCUCCGCCGAGGCCGCGAAGGAAGCGGAGACGGGGGAAGGCGACGCCAUCGAGCCGGCGCCCCCCGCGGAGGGGGAGGCCGCCAAGGCGGAGACCAGCGACGGCAAGGAGGCCGCCAAGAAGAAGAAGAAGUUCUCCCUGAAGAACUCCUUCAAGUUCAAGGGCCUCUCGCUGAAGAAGAGCAAGAAGGCGAAGGACGAGGCGGCGCCGCCCGCCGCCGAGGAGAACGGGCCCGUCGCCGAGGCGACCGAGGAGGAGGAGAAGAAGGAGGAGGAGGAGGAGGCCGCGGCGGCGGCGGAGGCGGAGGCGGAGCAGGCGGAGUCGACGGCGGAGGACGCCCCCGCACCUGCCCGGGAGGAGGUCGAAGCGGCCGACCCCGCCCCGGUCCAGGAGGCCCCUCCCGCCAAGGAGCGGGAGCAGGAGCAGGAGCGGAGCACCCCCGCCGAUGGGCCCGCGGCCGCCGGGCCCUCCGAGGCCCAGGAGGAGUGAUGUGCCGGUGAGGUGCCGGUGCGGCGCGGAGGACUCUGAACUGCUUUUCCAGAUGAAAAACAAAUUCUAUAUAUACGUAUAUAUGAAAGACUUGUUGUGCCACGUUCUUACAAAAGUGAAAAGCUUAAAAACGAAAUAAAAAAGAUCACGACGCCGAUUCGACCACCAGUUCGCUGCCUCGGCAACUUCCAGCUGAGCCGCGCGGCCCCUUGCCGGGCGGAGAGCGCCCCCUGCGGGAGGCGAAGGCCCGCGCCGAGGACAGUCCGCGCCCCCACCCGUCUCCCGAACCAGCGAAGACGCCGCUUUUCGGCACGGCGUCUCCUAGGCAACGGCAGCGGCGGGCCACGCCGCGUGCCGCACCCCCCCCCCCCCCCCCGAAAUGACUGUUAUAAGGACACAGAUGUUGCGCGUGUCGAACCCUGCGAUCCUGCCCCUCCCCCAUCUACUGCUCUGUGCUGUAUAGAGAAAGAAAUGUUUUAACGACGGAGCGAAAUGCAUAGUUUGUCUGUCUGUCUGUCCGUUUGUUUGUUUGUUUACAAGUGACUCGUUUCCUUGGGCGAGAACACGUGAUCUGUCUGUUCGCGCUCGGCUCUAAACCCUCAUGUCGCCGGUCAGGUGUGAGUCUCUGCUCCGCUUUUCCUCUGUAAAUACGUUUCUGCCACUUCUGGUUCUCUUUUGCUGACGUUUACGGAUCUCGGUGGUUUAUCUGUACGUUGCUGAGGGUAAAUAAAUGUUCCAUCUCCAGA